AUGUCUGUUAAUACGUUUGAUUUGAAAGGAAAAGUCGCAUUGAUCACUGGUGGUACCAGAGGGAUUGGAUCUGGAAUGGCCAUUGGAUUGGCUGAAGCUGGUGCUGAUGUUGUCUUGGUUCAAAGAGACGAAUUAAAUCAAAAAACUAAACAAGCUAUUGAAAAAUUGGGUAGAAAAGCAUAUAUUGUUACAGCUGAACUAUCUCAAAGAGACCAGGUUAAUGGAUUAGUGGAUGAUGUUUUACAAAACAUUGUUCCAAGAAUUCAUAUUUUCGUUAAUUGUGCAGGUAUCCAAAGAAGAACUCCAGCUGAAACUUUCAGUGAUGAAGAUUGGGAUGCAGUGAUUCAAGUUAAUCUAAGUACAGCUUGGAGAAUUUCAAGAGAUGUUGGUGCACAUAUGUUACAACAAGAACCAGAUGCUAGUGGAAAUAGAGGUAAAAUCAUUAAUAUUGGUUCAGUUUGUUGUUUCCAAGGUGGAUUAAACGUUCCAGCUUAUGCUGCAGCGAAAGGAGGUAUUUUAACUUUAACCAAAGCUCUUUCAAACCAAUGGGCUUCCAAAGGUAUUAAUGUUAAUGGGAUUGCACCAGGUUAUAUUGCUACAGAUAUGAAUGAAGCAUUGAUUGCAGAUCAAGAGAGAAGUAGACAAAUCUUGGAACGUAUUCCAGCAAAUAGAUGGGGGUUCCCAGAAGAUUUCAAAGGUCCAGUUAUCUUUUUAGCGUCUAGUUUCUCCAAUUAUGUCAGUGGUGAAAUGCUUUGUGUUGAUGGUGGUUGGAUGGGUCGUUGA